AUGGCGAGAGUCUCAGGUCAAGUGCAUGUCCCACCUCUGGUCGCUCCCGGUCCUCGCUCUCCUCAUUACGGCCACGCGCCGCGUGCCACUCGCUCGUUUUUACUCUUCGACCUCAACGACGACGACGACGACGACGACGACGACGACCUCUGCCGCUGCUCUCGUCUGGCAGCCAUCGUGCUCCGCCGCUGCCCCUCACGCUCAAGCUCAAGCCCAUCUCAGGGGAAUGCUCACACUCAGGCGAUUAGCGCGAGUCGCUCGUCGGUCACGGUGUCCAAUCGAUUGCAGCUCAGAUUCCCCUCCGCCGCUCGCUUGUCGUCUGCGCUGCCGCCCUUGGCCACCUGCUCCCCCCAGCCUCAUGGUCUGCGCGAGCUCUGGCUAUCGAGCAGACAGAAGCAGGGCACGCGUCGAGUGAUUGCGAUUGCGAUACUCAUCGUGGUACGGCCAUCGGGUUCUGUCCUUCCGCUCGAGCUUGAAUGA